AGCGUUGCCUGGGAGAGCCUGACGCCGCCAGCUCCCAUCCCCGCCCACUGUCUUCUCAGGGUGGGAUCUUGUUUCUUCGCCGGAAGCCUUGGGCCGCGAUGGGCUCGGAGAUGGAGCCGCUGCUCCUGGCCUGGAGCUAUUUUAGGCGCAGGAAGUUCCAGCUCUGCGCCGAUCUGUGCACGCAGAUGCUGGAGAAGUCCCCUUAUGACCAGGAACCAGCUCUUGAUUUGCCAGUGUCUCAGGCAGCUUGGAUUUUAAAAGCACGAGCACUAACUGAAAUGGUGUAUAUAGAUGAAAUUGAUGUAGAUCAGAAAGGAAUUGCAGAGAUGAUUCUGGACGAAAAUGCUAUUGCUCAAGUUCCACGCCCUGGAACAUCUUUGAAACUCCCUGGCACUAAUCAGACAGGAGGGCCUAGUCAAGCAAUCAGGCCAAUCACUCAAGCAGGAAGACCCAUUACUGGCUUCCUCAGGCCAGGCACACAGAGUGGAAGGCCGGGAACCAUGGAACAAGCCAUCCGAACACCCAGAACUGUAUACACAGCGCGCCCCAUCACAAGCUCAUCCGGAAGAUUCAUCAGGCUAGGGACGGCUUCAAUGCUUACAAGUCCUGAUGGACCAUUUAUAAAUUUAUCUAGACUGAAUUUAACAAAAUAUUCCCAGAAACCUAAAUUGGCAAAGGCUUUGUUUGAAUAUAUCUUUCAUCAUGAAAAUGAUAUUAAGACUGCUUUGGAUCUGGCUGCCCUUUCCACAGAGCAUUCUCAGUACAAGGACUGGUGGUGGAAAGUGCAGAUUGGAAAAUGCUACUACAGGUUAGGAAUGUAUCGUGAAGCAGAAAAACAGUUUAAAUCAGCCCUGAAGCAGCAGGAAAUGGUAGAUACAUUUCUCUAUUUGGCAAAAGUUUACAUGUCAUUGGAUCAACCUGUAACUGCUUUAAACCUUUUCAAACAAGGCUUAGAUACGUUUCCAGGAGAAGUAACUCUGCUUUGUGGGAUUGCCAGGAUCUAUGAGGAAAUGAACAAUAACUCAUCAGCAGCUGAAUACUACAAAGAAGUUUUGAAACAAGACAGUACUCACAUGGAAGCCAUUGCAUGUAUUGGAAGCAACCACUUUUAUUCUGAUCAACCAGAGAUAGCGCUCCGGUUUUACAGGCGACUCUUGCAGAUGGGCGUCUAUAACUGCCAGCUUUUAAACAAUCUGGGGCUGUGUUGCUUCUAUGCCCAGCAGUACGAUAUGACUCUGACCUCAUUUGAACGUGCCCUUUCUCUUGCGGAAAAUGAAGAAGAGGCAGCUGAUGUCUGGUAUAAUUUGGGACACAUAGCUGUGGGCGUAGGAGAUGUGAAUUUGGCCCAUCAGUGCUUCCGGCUGGCUCUGGUGAACAACAACCAUCAUGCCGAGGCUUACAACAACCUAGCAGUGCUGGAGAUGCGGAAGGGCCAUGUCGAACAGGCAAGAGCACUAUUACAAACUGCAUCAUCUUUGGCACCCCAUAUGUACGAACCACAUUUUAAUUUUGCAACAAUAUCUGAUAAGAUUGGAGAUCUGCAGAGAAGUUAUGUUGCUGCACAGAAAUCUGAAGCAGCAUUUCCUGAUCAUGUGGAUACACAACAGUUAAUUAAACAAUUAAAGGAGCAUUUUGCUAUGCUCUGAUUGUUCCUGAGACCAGUGUGUUCUUAUGAAGGGGCAUCAUGCAACGAACAAAGUAGUAUGUGUGUGUACCUACAGUAUAAUAUAUCCUGUGUGGACUACUUAGUUGACGGUGUCCUGUCAGAGAAUUUCAACUAGAAUGUGUAAUGGAAACUUUAUAAUGAAAUUUUUAUAAAAGAAUAUUGUGAAAUACAGAAUUUAAAUAUUUACAAGUAGAUCAUGAAACCUCUCACAUUAUGUGGUAGAUAUUUGUUUAUAUUUACCAUAUUAAUGAUUUCCUCAAAUUUUCAUAAUUGUAUAUUUAAAAAGUCCUUAAGCAUCCGGCAUCAUAUAACUUAAGAUGUCUGGAA